ACUUUUUUGCUGAUUUAGAUUGGCAGUCAAGGUUAGGGGACGGAACGAAUGCGCAUGUGUGGUCCGCCUUUUCCUCGUCCCUAGCGUGACGUCAGGUGGGCUUCUGGACUUCAUCUGAGCAUUUAAAGGGUUCUCAGCAGAGUGAGGAUUAGCCCCCGCCCCCCUCACCUCCCUAUGGGCAGCUGGCAAGCAGGAGAGAACCUGCAGCUCUGCCUGGCACACCGCCCACCUUUGGUUUGUGCUGCACUUGCAUUGUUGCUACUUGGGGCUUCAGGUCUAGGCCUUGGUGGUUUUAUCCUUAAUCAUGGUGAUGGGCUUCGAAAUCCUGAUAUCCCUCAGGACUGGGUCUCCUUCAUGAGAUCUCUGGGUCAGCUGACUCUCUGCCCUUGGAAUAGGACAGCUGCAGGGAAACCACCGGGACCUGAGUAUCAUACUGUAAAACUGCUGACUAGUUUAAACUUAGGAGAUGAUAUCAAGAAGAACCGGACUCAACAACUACGGGCCACUGUCCAUGGUCACCAAAUGGGACUAAGUGGCUCUUCUGCGGAGGAGCUAGUAUUGAUCACAACCCUGGUGCCAGUAGAGAAAACUUCUGGGACUUGCCUGGUUUUCAGUGCAGCUCCCAGAAUCCUGCCUUCUAGCCAACCACCCACAUCCUGCUUAGAAGAAGGGGAGGGAGAUAUUGUGAAUCCAUAUGUUGUUGAAAGUUCUAAGCCAGAAGAUUGUUAUGAGGUCUGGAGCCAUGAGGGCCUUAUUCUCACCCAGCUACUUACUAUGGAGGAACGUGUUUUGUGUGGCUCCAGGCUUCUCUACUUCAGCUGCUUUCUUCUCUUCUUUUGUGGCUUUCUAUGCUGCUUCGCAGCAGUCUGCACCCAUCCACGUUGGGACACAUCUUGGCAGAGGGCCCAUAUCUAAACUCAAAAGGUUCAGACUGUACUUUGCUUAUAGAUCUGUGAUUCACAUUCUGUAGGCAUAUCUCAGCCUCCUGAGUUGGAUCAGAUGGGAGGGGAAGGGGGAGGAGACUGAGGAUCAUUAAAAAUAUUUAUUAUCCCUUC